AUGCGAGCAAUUAUAAGAACUCAUACAUCAUCCUCCUCUUUGAUGCUCGCGAGUUCACGGUGCUUAUUACUCGAAAGCACUAUCCAGAAAACCUCAAAAAACAGAAAUGUAAUGAGGAUGCACUAUACAAAUUCCGAUCCGUUAAAACAGAAAACAUGCAAUUCAAACCAAAUGAUGAUCAACUAUGACAUGAUGAUGAGAAGAGAAUUUUCAAACAUGAUGAUCGGAGCAAAGACACUCGCAAGUUCGGGUUGGGAUUGGAAAAAGAGAGCCGCUAUUCAACGAAUGGCUGAUCACAAAAAGGAAGAAAUGGACAAAACGAGAAGAAUUCAAUUUGAGGUUGAUACCUUUAGAAACAAGAAACACUUAGAGAUUCAUUCCAUCACAGAUAAAUUGAGUAUUAAAUUAAUAUUUCCAAGUAUGCAUGUUUACGAUAGAGUCAAGGACGCAUUAACGUCAACCUUCCACGUGGAAAAGAUGUAUCAGCCACAUCACCAUCAUCAGAAUGAAUCAGAAGAACAAAUUCUUUCUAUGACUCGAUCUAAUGAUGAAAUUUUGAUUGAUAGUGAGGAACAAGUGAUAGAAGCUAUUCAAGAUCGUCCAAAACCAAAUACUUUGUCUCAAAUUCCACCAGUUUUAUAUUUUUCAUAUUUUGAUUAUGAUGAAAUUUUAAAGUUUUUCACAGAAAAUUUUGAUGACAUUCCAUUGGAGCCAAUACCAAACUUUGUUUUUGAGGUUUUAGAUCAUUAUGACAUGAUGGUGAAGGCAUUUAAGGCACGACAAAAAAGAAACAAAAGCGAAUACGAUCUCUCCUUAAAACUUCCAACUAAAAUGUACAGUAGCAUUUUGCCUUUUCAAAAAGAAGGCAUCGAAUUUGGAAUAUCCAGAGAUGGUCGAGUGCUGCUUUGCGAUGAAAUGGGAUUAGGAAAGACAUUGCAAGCAUUAGGAAUUUCAUGCUUUUAUUCGAAAGAUUGGCCAAUACUUAUUGUCGGACCUUGUAGUCUUCAUAAUAACUGGAAAAAAGAGCUGACAACAUGGAUAGACAUGGAUUGGGUGAAGAAAACUGUUGGCGAUACUUUUAACAUUCAGGGCGAAAGUUUGGAGAAAUAUAUUGCCAUUGUUGAUAGCACUCAAAAUUUGCUGAAAUUGAUUGACGAGACGACAGUUCAGCCAAAGAAGUAUUUGGCAUUUAUCAUUUCUUACGACUUGAUAUCAAAGAAUUCCAGUUUUGAUGCCAAAAUUAAUGAAUGGUUGUCUAAAUUUUCUUUAAUUAUUGGUGAUGAGUCUCAUAUGAUUAAGAAUGAUGAUUCAAAAAGAGCAAAGCAUAUUCUACCUCUAUUGAAAACUUCCAAAAGAGUAAUUUUAAUAUCUGGAACAGCUUCCCCAAGUAGACCAAUCGAGCUAUUCACUCAAAUGAAAGCUCUUUUAUCUGGACAAAAAGGAAAAGCAACGCUUUUGAAAAAGACUCAAUUCGGUGAACGAUAUUGUGAUUUGAAAAGUACUUAUUUCACAGGAGCUGAUUACAGAGGAAGCAAAAGAUUGUCAGAACUACACGUUCUCUUAAGUAGGUCUGUGAUGAUAAGAAGAUUGAAGCGUGAUGUACUAUCUCAAUUACCACCAAAAAGACGUUUCUUGACCUAUUUAAAUUUACCAGAAGAAGAUAUUGGACCUCACAGGUUAAACUUUGAAAGCUUUAAAAAAAGAAAGAAAGGAAUACUCGAUCCGAAUGACUCUGAAGUGUUACAGAAAUACAAUCUCACUGCUGUUGCUAAACAGAGAACAAUUGGAUUGUUCUCAAGAAAGUAUUUAAGGAAAGGAAGCAAGUUUUUAAUUUUUGCUCAUCACAGAGCUGUUCUCGACACGAUCGAAGAACAUAUUCGAGAUGAAAUUCAACUUAUUCAAGCAGAAGAAGGAAAGACAUACAAGUUUGUGAGAAUUGAUGGAGAGACACCUGUCGAUCAACGACAUGAUAUUUCACAACAAUUCAGAGAUGAUCCAGAUGUAAAGGUUGCCAUUUUGAGUAUUGCUGUAGCGGGUGUUGGAUUGAAUUUUGUGCCAUGUCAAACUGUUGUGUUUGGAGAAUUGACUUGGAAUAGCGGGUCUUUAGUUCAGUGUGAAGACAGGGCUCACAGAAUUGGACAGAAAUCUACAGUUGAUAUUCACUAUUUGAUUGCUAGAAAUACCCUUGAUGAGUAUAUAUGGGAAUUGUUGUCCCAUAAAAUUGAUGUUGUUUCUGAGACUUUGAAUGGUGAGAAAGAACUUUCUGAAGAACAUCAUAUUACUAAGGGAAGUAAGGAAAUUAUUGAUAUUUAG